UCUAAAUUUUUACUAUAAAUUUGUAAAUCGUACCUUAAGCUCACCGAGAAUCCCGUCUCCAGAUCAAGGCUCAGCAGGAAUACCCCGCAAAAUUAGAUAUUUUGCGGGCCGGUCCGUCCGCGUCACUUACAGCUAUAUAUCAAACAUUCCACGCGAUCUACAGCAAACAAAACACCAUACAAUACAACAUGUCUCUCAAAAAUAUACUUGAGAAAGCCAAAGCUAAGGGGGAAGCCUUUGCGGCCCAACAUAACUUUACAAUCCCCGGCCAAUCCACAACACAUACUCCUCCACCACCACAUUCUGCACCAUCAGGAUACUAUCCCCCAAUUCAAGCUCAUCGCCCGCCAACUGCACCUCCGCCAAUUCCCCAAAACAGACCCUCAUAUUCUGCCAUCCAUCCUUAUUGGAACCCCUCAUUCUCUCCACAUGUUCCCGUUUCUGAUAAUUUCAGACAUCAACUUGGAGAUCAUGGAUGGGGAAACAACGAACUCCAAAACUACAUCGCCGAUCGAGAAAAUUCCUUCCACGACGAAAAUGGAUGUUUAGUCCUCCGAGCUAUAUCUUCCAACGGUAGAUUCACAAGCGCGCGAUUAACGAGUCAUAUGGCACUUGCCCGCGACCGCGGCAGUCUCGUAGCAACUAUAUCACCACCAUGUGCUUCUGGGGUCUGGCCGGCGUUUUGGCUCUUACCCCGCGAGCCCUUUACAUGGCCCAAUGAUGGAGAGAUUGAUAUUAUGGAAACCUGGAAUGGAGAUGCCGUUAAUCAUACUUGUUUACAUUGGGGACAUUUCAACGGGGAAGAUUGGAAUAAACAUCGGGUUGUAGAGACGCCGGUGCAUAAUAUGCACUCUUCGCAACAUACAUACGAGUUUGCGUGGAACCAGCCGGAGAAUGGGAUAGGUGGGAAGAUGGUUUGGUAUAUUGAUGGGAAGGUGGUUAUGAAGGCUCAUGUGCCCGAGGGGACCAGGAGAUUAAACGAUUUUCAGGUUAUUAUUAAUGUGGCGAUGGGAGGGAAUGUUUGUCAGGGGAAGACUCCAGAGGAUGGGUAUUAUGAUUUAAGGAUUCAUGGUUUGAAGAUGUGUGAUGAGCCGACGGGUGGGUGGGAAAAGUUUGAGCAUGAUUUUCAUCAUGGGCCCGAGGGUCAUGCGAUGUGAGGGGUUGUGUGGGUGUAUCAAGAUCGAUGAGAUAAAUCCAUAGACUUGUCGAGAGGUCGAAGAGUUUGAAAUUUUGGAUAAAAAGCUGUCUCUCUUUUCGGGCCGUUCGGGUUGUAGAUAGUAGUAAUGUGCUUUCCCUAGCUUACGGAGUUCUUGGAUGUUUGCCGAAUAUUAGAAGUCUAUAUUUCGAAGGAAGGACCAUUCUCAAAAGAACCAAAGGGUUCUUACUCUAUCUUCUAAGAGAAUGAAUAUACUUUCCAUGGCAGUAUUCAUAUACCUAAAAGUUUCCGCACAUUUGUAGCUCUUUAGUAUUUA